AUGAUGAAAUCAAGUGUCCUGAUUCUCAUCGGCCUCAUCGCUUCGGUCUCAUUCUCCAUCGCUCAGAACAACGCUUGGAUAGGAUGCUACGCCAUCCCCUCGGAGCCUAUCUCCGGUAUAUCGAUUUCCAGUCCUAACACUUGGCAUCCGGCAGGAUGUGCUGCCGAAUGUCAAACAUUACCCGGUGCUGGAUUUUCGCCUGUCACCUACUCCUUUUAUUCACCCGCGAUCGAGAUAGGCGAACCCAUCUCUACCCAUUGUCUAUGUACCAAUUACCAACCUGACAACGAAGGAUUUGAAGGUCCAAGUGAUCCGGAAGAUUGUCGAAAUGACGAUAACUAUUCGGCGUGGCUGGUCGAUACGUCUCUCCAGUUCCAAGGCUGCUGGGCGACUUACGAUCCAUCGAUUGUAGUCCAUGACGCCUUGGUCGAUACUUUCCAACAGUGUAUCCAGGCCUGCCCAUCUUACCGAUGGAUCGCUAUCAAUCAUCCAUCCACUGGUGGUCAUCUCCGAUGUCAAUGUUCACCCUUCAAUUUCCAUGGCAGUGGAGAUGCAAUUGAAUGCGAUGAUACAGCGUCCAACUAUCUGUUCUAUACCAAUGAUGUUAGCGUUCAACCUUCCGCCAGAGCUGGAAAAAGAAGACAAGGCCAGUGA